AUUCAAGCAUCAUCGAUGAAAAACUAUCAUGUAGCUGCAGCCAUAUAUUUUCCGCCUAUAAAUACCCUAUCACUUUGUACCUAUUAUAGUGAAAUGCCGGGUUAAUUCCGAUUGCUAGUGCCCCAAUUUAUUUAACCAGGAUUGAAGAUUCACACAUAGAGCGUAUCGUACGUAACCCGCGAUCACGCGAUGUUAUCUACAUGAACAACUUCUCUACUAAACUAAACUCCAAAUACGUCACGAAAUCGGAGCAAAAUGGGCAUAAUUAGAACGACUUUGCUAGCAAUUCCGGCCGGUGGUAUCACCCUAGGGACGUAUAUGUCCUAUCUAGCUUCCACCACUACCAUCGUCGACCUCACUAAGAACGAUCCCAUGUUCAAGACCAAAACGUAUAAAAAAUAUAACCCGAAGGACAACCCGGCACUUCAAGAUGUCGUUAUCAAGCGGAUACCUCUAGCAGCCGUCAAACCCGAACUUCGCAACGACGAAAAGGCACUCACUCUCGAGUUUUGCCGCGGCGUAUGGGGCGGUUUCAACUUCUGGCCUCAGACCAAAUACCAAGAGUUCUACGACAAGCCACCCGGAACGGAAAACCAGCUGUGGCAGACCAACGAGCUCAAAGUCGCCAGUUUCGAGAAGGGACUGAAAUUCACCAACCACUUCGAGGUGGUGAGCAACGACGGCAACGAGAUCGUCGUCCGGUGCGGCGGAUCCCCGCUGCAGCCCGGACUGAGGAAUUCGGACGGCCUAAUCUUUUUCAGCGCGAAGAUCGAUCGCGAUGCUGCGCAGGCGGAAUUCAAGUUGAAGUCGGCCUUGUUCAAUAGCGCUGGGACUUUCGCCAAGGAUGCUGGACAUCCUAUCCCGCCGAAGAUCGAGUUCCUGCACCGGUGGUAUGUCCGCAUGUUGACGUCGAGUGGUGUUGGAAAUGUGAGGAGUUAGUAAGGUCCGGACGUCUAGAUAGGUAGAGGUGUCGAUUUAUACCCUCUUUAGAGCUCGUCUUCUAUUCGCGCGAGGAGUUUGGUUUCGUGGAGGUCACCUAGGGGUGGUGCACGUUGAUGAGGCAUGACAAGAAUAUUAUGGAUGUACUUGUUGCAUCUAGAUCUCAAGAACAGAAGUUCUUAUGCCAGUAUCUAGAGCUUUAAAUUCAAUGAUUCUCGAUGCCCUGGUUUCAUUUUAUGACUUUGUGUCGCCAUUAUCUUCUUUGAUCUCUGCUGGACCCAAUAGCCCAUAUCAAUCCACAAUCUUAUCGGCUUAUGAUGAUAUAUAUCCUUUCACAUGGCAGAGGAUCCAUUGAU